CUUGGUUACCGUUGCUAUGCAGGGCCUAGUCUCCCCUUCCCCCGCCCCUCUAUGAGCGGAGAGAUGGUGAAGCAAACGAUCCAGAUCUAUGCCCGGGUGAAGCCCCUGGCCAGGCGGCAGCAAGCGGGGAUUUAUUCAGUUGGUGAAGAUGAAAAGUCAGCCUCCAGUUUAGAGAUUACUGUGCCACGUGACUUGGCAGAUGGAUUUGUUAAUAAUAAACGAGAAAGCUACAAGUUUAAAUUUCAGAAAAUUUUUGAUCAGGAGGCAAAACAAGAUCCAGUUUUUGAAAGCAUUGCCAAACCAGUUGCGGAAUGUGCUCUAGCAGGAUAUAAUGGCACUAUCUUUGCAUAUGGACAGACGGGCAGUGGCAAGACUUUUACCAUCACUGGGGGAGCAGAGCGUUAUAGUGAUCGGGGCAUCAUUCCCAGGACUCUAUCUUACAUUUUUCAGCAAUUGGAGAAGGACAGCAGCAAAGUGUACACAACCCAUGUUUCCUACUUGGAAAUCUACAAUGAAUGUGGUUAUGAUCUGUUGGACCCAAGACAUGAAGCCUCCAGAUUGGAAGAUUUGCCAAAAGUGACAAUAAUGGAAGACCCCGAUCAGAACAUUCAUCUGAAAAACCUGUCUCUUCAGCAAGCAACCAAUGAGGAGGAAGCACUGAACCUUCUUUUUUUGGGAGACACUAAUAGGAUGAUUGCAGAGACUCCAAUGAAUCAAGCCUCAACUCGUUCCCACUGCAUCUUCACCAUUCACAUCUCAAGCAAGGAACCAGGAUCUGCAACCAUCCGACGCUCCAAGCUACACUUAGUAGACCUGGCUGGUUCAGAGCGUGUUGCAAAGACUGGAGUUGGAGGCCAACUCCUGACAGAGGCCAAAUAUAUCAAUCUGUCAUUACACUACUUGGAACAGGUAAUAAUUGCCCUAGCAGAGAAACAUCGAUCUCACAUUCCCUACAGGAACUCUAUGAUGACUUCGGUGCUUAGAGACAGCCUGGGAGGAAACUGCAUGACCACCAUGAUUGCAACACUCUCUUUAGACAAAAGAAACAUAGAUGAAUCUAUAUCAACAUGCAGAUUUGCACAGCGAGUUGCACUUAUUAAGAAUGAGGCAGUUCUUAAUGAAGAAAUUGACCCUAGACUGAUGAUUACCCAGCUGAAGAAGGUGAUCCAGGAACUGAAGGAUGAGCUGGCCCUGGUGACUGGGGAGCAAAGAACAGAAGAACUCACACAAGAAGAGCUACUUCAGCUGGAUGAGAUAAUUAAAGCAUUUCUGGAAGAUCCUGAUCCUGAGAGCACGCUGGAUGUUGGAGCUGAUAUGCGCAAGAUCAAGCACUGCUUCAAUUACAUUAAGCAACUGAUAAAUCGUACAAACAUUCCUGACAGAAGUCUGCUCUCCCCAGACAUCACUGGAGAUGAGGAUACUAAUACCCCAGAGAAAAAAGAGGAGUUAAAGAAGUUGAGAGACCUUCUGCACCAAAGAGAUAAUGAAAUCAAUAUUCUAGUAAGUAUGUUAAAGAAAGAAAAAAAGAAAGCACAGGAUGCCCUCUUUCAGCUCAGCGCUGGGUCUAGUGGUCUUGCAGUCUCGGAAAGUUCCCUUUCUAUAAGCUUGGAAGAAGGUCAGAGGCCAUCUGCCUGUGUUAAUGUGAAAGAUACACAAGAUUUCAGCUCCUCAGUACAAAGAUCUGCUUUUCUUCCCAGGAAAACAGGAUCAGGAAGAGAAAUGUCACUUGGACAUCAGGAGGCUUUUGAAAUUUUCAAGAGGGAUUAUGUGGACAGCGUAACCAUUGAGGACAACAAACAGCUUCUUAAAAAGAGGUUUGCUGAAGCAAAAUCCCUAGGAGAAAAAGUAAAUGAAGUAAGAAAUAAAAUAAACCAUCUGAAAGGAGAGAUAACUCAGCGGCACAUGCAAAGGGCAGCUCUAGGUGUUGCCAGUCCUUCUGAAGAGCUAAAUGAAUCUGAUCCCGUGGAAGAGAGUCUUCGAGCACAAAUUGAAGAAGAGAAAAAAAGUUAUAAAACAAUGUUCAAUCGCUUGAAAGGGUUGAAGAUAGAGAUUGAACACUUGCAACUUCUUAUGGAAAAAGCCAAGGUGAAGCUGCAAAAAGACUUUGAAGUCUGGUGGUCUGAGGAGGCAUCGAAUCUGCAGGACCAGCAAGAGAAAGUACCAAUGAGCAAUUCAGCAAGUGCCUUGAGGGCUUCCCUCCCAUCUCUUGAAUCCCAGCAACAUCUGUAUACUAACAGUUGUUCAGAUACCAGUAGAGUCAACCCCAAUGAAGAUCAUGGUAGGAAAAACAACCUGAGCAGGCUCAGCAACUCAACUUCAGAUACAAGGAUCCCCCAGAGUUCAAGUUCAUCUAUCCCACUCACUGGAGACAGCCAGACUGAUGCUGACAUUCUGGCUUUCAUUAAAGCCAGACAGAAUCUCCUGCAGAAGAAAGGCUUGGGGAACAAGUGAAUUUCUCGUUGCACUCCAAUACUCCCUCUGUAAAUGAAGAAAAAUGGACAAUUCAAAAAUCUCUCCUCUUCUCCCACCUUCUCUCUUUAAGAACCAGGAACAACUCACCACUUUGGGUCUGCAGCUUGACUGAGAAAAAAUGAAUGACUUGUGUAUGUCAAACCUGUGCAAUCAAAUCUUCAGCAUGGACAAAGAUAAAGCACAACUGAAGCAACUAGACGGGAAAAAAUUUGUUUAUUGGGAAUGUUAUGGUUAUUUUGUAAAACAUCACAAUUAGCUAGCACUUUUUAAAACCACUUUUCCAUCACAAGUAAAACAUUGCUUUGCUACUGAUGCAAUUUUUUUUCUCUUUUUCUGAUUGUAUUUUGGAAGCCUAUGAAUAGAGUUAUAUGAAAUUCAAUAGUUUUGUCCACAGAUGUUUGUACAAACAUUGUUGGGUUUGAUUCAGGUGGGUUUCACAGUUGUGCUGUGCAAAAAUAGUAAAUAUUUGGUUCAUGAAAUUUAGCAGUUUUAUUCAGGACCAUUGACUAAUGCCAGCACAUUACUUUUAUUGUUUUGUUUUGUUUUUCGUGAGAAAGGCAGUUUUCAUACAAAAUGCCUGAAAUUUUGAGAUCACGUAUUAUAAUAUGAAAACUGAUCUACAUUGAAGUGAAAUUUCAUAAAUCAGAGUUUCCAAAAAUUUUAGGUCUUUCACUUGGAUACAUUAAAUUUCAUGUAAAAAUGUAUCGUCCCCAAAAUGUCCAGGUUUUAAAAAAAAACCAAAACAGUGAUAUCUUGCAGGUGUAAUGUAAAAUCAAGGCAAUUUUUGCAGAAUCCAAACAAAAUAUGAAAAUGUAAAUGUAAAGUUUUAAUGUUUUGUUGCAAAUACUGUUCUUUGUAUAACCCCAUUCUGCAACCCCAUGUCUCACUUUCAGUUUGAGAUUCAAGCAAAUCUAAAACAUAAAAGCAAAAUUUAGUUUCUAAAAUGUACAUAGUUUCAGACUGAAACCACCGCGUUUCAUGCUAUUGAGCAACUUGCAGUGAUGAAAUCUGAAAGCUCUUUGUUAUUCAUGUACAAAAUACAGAUAACUUGAUUGGUAGGAGUCGUGUAUUCUUUAGGGCAUAAUCUUCAACUUCAAAUGGUACUAAAUUUUGCAGCAACUGAAAAUUAUGCAACAAAUUGGAAAAUACUCAAAGUCACAGGUUUUCAUCAAAU